UCUCCUCUCUCUUCUUCUUUAUUUCACUUUUCAUCCCGCAAAAAAGCAACGAUUUUUAUUUCAUUCGCGCAGAGGAGGGAGAGAGAGAGAGAGUGAAUGUGCUAUUGGGAUCGACCCGGUGGAGGUGAUACCAAACCCUAGAUUUCUCGUUAUCCAUUUGCUGGGAAGGGGAGGAAUUCAGAUUCUUUUAUUCGAUUUUCAGAUCGAUAGCAAUUUCUGCAAGAAAAAGAUAGAGAGAGAAAGAGAGAGGAGGAAGAGAGGGACAGGAAUUUGGGUUCGUCGACAGCCGAGAUCGCGGCGGAUUUCGGGUCCAUUUCGAAGGGGAGGGAUUUAGCGAGAGGGGUUGGUCGGUUGGUUCUGAGGGGUUCUUUGUCGAGCUGGGAUUGUCUCGAAAAUGUUGUCGAAGUCGUAUACCAACCUCUUAGAUCUAGCUUCGGGGAAUUUCCCGGUAAUGGGCCGGGAGAAGAAGCGGCUUCCUCGGGUGAUGACUGUUCCGGUGGACAUAUCGGAGCUCGACGAUGAUCAGGCCAACAGUGUGAGCUCGGAUGUUCCGUCUUCGAUUAUUCAGGAUCGGAUAAUUAUUGUGGCUAAUCAGCUCCCCGUUAAAGCUAAGCGAAGGCCUGAUAAUAAGGGGUGGGCCUUAAGUUGGGAUGACGACUCGUUGUUGUUACAGCUUAAAGAUGGUUUGCCCGAUGAUAUGGAGGUUUUAUAUGUUGGUUCUUUGAGGGUCGAUGUUGACCCCAGCGAGCAGGAUGAUGUUUCGCAGCUUUUGUUAGAGAAGUUCAAGUGUGUCCCGGCAUUUUUACCUCCUGACAUUUUGUCAAAGUACUACCACGGGUUUUGUAAGCAACACUUGUGGCCGCUUUUCCACUACAUGCUCCCUUUUGCGGCCAAUCAUGGUGGCAGGUUUGAUAGGUCCUUGUGGGAGGCUUAUGUUUUGGCAAACAAGAUUUUCUCGCAAAAAGUGAUUGAGGUCAUAAAUCCAGAGGAUGACUAUGUCUGGAUACAUGAUUAUCAUUUGAUGGUGUUGCCUACUUUCUUAAGAAGGAAGUUCAUCAAGCUGAGGAUGGGGUUCUUUCUCCAUAGCCCUUUUCCAUCAUCAGAGAUAUAUAGGACUCUUCCAGUUAGGGAGGAGAUACUCAAAGCACUUCUUAAUGCUGACCUGAUUGGUUUCCACACGUUCGAUUAUGCUCGGCAUUUUCUAUCCUGUUGCAGUAGAAUCUUGGGUGUGGAGUACCAGUCGAAAAGGGGUUAUAUCGGUUUGGAAUAUUAUGGAAGAACAAUUGGGGUAAAGAUCAUGCCUGUUGGGAUCCACAUGGGCCAGAUUCAGUCUGUAUUGAAACUGGCAGAUAAGGAUUGGAGAGUGGAUGAGCUGAAGCAGCAGUUUGAAGGAAAGACUGUAUUACUUGGGGUUGAUGAUAUGGACAUUUUUAAAGGUGUCAAUCUGAAGUUGUUGGCAAUGGAGCACUUGCUAAAAGAGCACCCUAAGUGGCAGGGGAGGGCAGUUUUAGUGCAGAUUGCUAAUCCUGCUAGGGGAAAGGGUAGUGACCUUGAGGAAAUACAGGCUGAAAUACAUGCAAGCUGCAAGAGAAUUAAUGAAACUUUUGGUCGACCAGGUUAUGAACCAGUUGUCUUUAUUGACAGGCCAGUUUCUCUUAGUGAGAGAGCCGCAUAUUACACUGUUGCUGAGUGUCUUGUGGUCACAGCCGUGAGGGAUGGUAUGAAUCUCACGCCUUACGAGUACAUUGUAUGCAGGGAAGGAGUUUCUUACUCAGGAUCCUGUUCAGAUUCAACUGGGCCCAGAAAAAGCAUGCUUGUUGUGUCCGAGUUUAUUGGAUGUUCUCCUUCAUUAAGUGGUGCUAUUCGCAUCAACCCAUGGAACAUUGAGGCUACUGGUGAGGCAUUGAAUGAGGCAAUUUCAAUGCUUGAUCCUGAAAAGCAAUUGCGCCAUGAGAAGCACUAUAAGUAUGUUAGCUUGCAUGAUGUAGCAUAUUGGUCAAGAAGCUUCUACCAGGAUUUGGAAAGGACAUGCAAAGACCAUUUUAGAAGACGUUGCUGGGGAAUCGGUUUGAGUUUUGGUUUUAGAGUUGUGGCACUGGACCCCAAUUUCAAGAAGCUGUCAAUUGAUGCAAUAGUAUCUGCUUACUUGAGGUCUAAAAGUAGGGCUAUAUUGUUAGAUUAUGAUGGCACUGUAAUGCCGCAAACAUCCAUGAACAAGAGGCCAAGUCAAAGAGUUAUUUCAAUAAUCAACACGCUUUGUGCUGAUCCAAAGAACAUGGUGUUCGUGGUUAGCGGAAGAGGCAAAACCUUGGGGGAAUGGCUUUCUUCUUGUAGCAAGCUUGGGAUUGCUGCUGAACAUGGUUACUUUAUGAGGUGGUCUGCAGAUGAGGAUUGGCAAGCUUGUGGACAGGGCAAUGAUUUUGGCUGGAUUCAGAUGGCUGAACCUGUUAUGCAACUGUACACAGAAGCCACUGAUGGGUCUUCCAUUGAGAAGAAAGAGAGUGCCUUGGUUUGGCAUCAUCGGGAUGCAGACCCAGGUUUUGGAUCAAGCCAGGCAAAGGAGAUGUUGGACCAUCUAGAGAGCGUGUUGGCUAAUGAACCUGUUGCUGUGAAAAGUGGUCAAUACAUCGUUGAAGUGAAGCCUCAGGGAGUAAGUAAAGGAGUGGUUGCAGAGAAGAUAUUAUCUUCGAUGGCUGAGAAGAGAAGACAGGCUGACUUUGUGUUAUGCAUCGGUGAUGAUAGAUCUGAUGAGGACAUGUUUGAGAUUUUUGGCGGUGCUGUUGCCAGUGGCACUUUAUCUUCGAAUGCAUCCGUUUUUGCAUGCACUGUUGGACAGAAGCCGAGUAAAGCAAAAUAUUAUUUGGACGACACAUCUGAAGUUGUUUUGAUGCUUGAAAAUCUUGCAGAAGCUUCAGAUGUUCCAAGCUCACCAUCAUCAGAAGAAGUAGAAGAAGAAGAAGAAGAAGAAGAAGGAGAAGUUUCCCUCUAGAAUGAUGCCCAAAAUUUUGUCAGAUGACAAAUUCAAUCUUUCAAAAGCCCAAGACAUAAAUACCACGCUCAUCAAGUUUUAUUAUGGUGAUCAUUUUGCUUCGAUGAAGAGAAGCAUGGUGAAGAACUACUCUUGAGGCUGACACAAACAUAAGCAGCUCCAAAUUGUCAAAUCACAGAGAAUAGAAAGAUUUCUCAUGGAGGGCUUGUUUAGGAUGAUUAAGUACGUCGAAUGUCAUCAAAUGUCUGACCAGGUAUCAAUGUCCUUCAGCUUCAUUUCUGGAGAAUUGGAUAGGGAAUUUCUUGAAUAUUUACUUGGAAAGCACUGAGCUGACCCAUUCAGUUGAUUAUGCACAUGCUUGAGACGAUACAUAUGCAAAGACCGUCUGUUGUUGGAAUUGUAUUCUCAUACCCGUUUUUCUUGUUUUUGCCGUGUCUCUCGAGUAACUUGUUGAAAUUAACUUUUGACAAGCCAUGUAAAUGUUACAGCUGAUGUUGGAAGUUUUCUUUUUGUCUAUUUCAAUGAACAUUGUUCCAUGUUAUUUUUUAUUUUUGGUUGACAUUACAGAAUGGCUGGCUAGUCUUUUUGAAA